UAAACCCGAAAAUUGGAACAAGAUCAUCCCUUGGCCAGAUCGGCAUGACUACGGUUACCAAUCCAUGAAAAGAUGUGAGCGGAAACGUUUCAUAAAAUGGUUUCGCAAGGAACGACGUCGUCAUCACAAUCAGUUUGAUUUUAAUGCACAUUUCAUCAAGUACUGUUCCCAGGACGUUCUCGUACUACAACAAGCAUGUGAAAAAUUUCGAAUUCUUUUCCAACAAGCAUCUGGUGGAUUAUGUCCAUUUGCUUCUGGCCUUACAACCCCUGGAAUGUGCAAUUAUUUUUGGGGAGCGCGAAUGCUGAAGAAGAGCCAAAUUGCUUUAAUCGGUCCACCAGGACAGGGAAAGAAAUCAUCUGUAAAAGCAGAACGGUGGCUACGAUCGAUAGAACUGGAUAACGAUACAAAACUGGAAAGAGAAUUUCGAAUCGGGCACUGGACCGUUGAUGGCUUCCAUUCAGAAACCAAAACAGUUUACGAAUUUUUAGGAUGUAUGUGGCACGGCUGCAGCGACUGUACCACGAAAAGCACAAUGCACCCGUUUCUUGGUAAACCAAUGGAAGAGGUUCAGAAAGCGACUUUUUUGCGCUUUGAUGCAAUAAAAACUCUGGGAUACACGAUUGUAUCGAUUUGGGAGCACGAUUACGACAUGAAAUUAGCAUCUGACUUUGAGUUUCGAAAGCUAACUGAGCUCGCCAACGUAAUGGAGCCGUUGCAUCCGCGGGAUGCCUUUACUGGUGGUCGAACAAAUGCAAUAAAGCUUUACCAUAAAUGCGGACCAGGGGAGAAAAUUUAUUCACUUGACGUUAUUAGCGAAUAUCCAUACAUCAACAAAAAUUUGCCCUACCCCGUUGGACCGUCGGUUGUUAUUAUUAACGACUUUCCACCAGUGGAAGAAAUAUUUGCAGUGGUAAAAUGUCGCAUUAUUCCACCACCGUCUUUAUUCCUUCCAGUGCUGCCCUACCGAACGGAUAAGCUAACAUUCCCGUUAUGCGCGAGGUGCGUGAAAGAGCGUGUUAACUCUCCCUGUGAUCAUGAGGAUGACGAUAGGGCUCUGGAAGGAACGUGGUGUACACCGGAAAUUCAUCGAGCGUUAGAAGUUGCCUACCGCAUCGAUAAAAUUUAUUCUGCGUGGCACUACCCGAGCAAAUGCAAUAUCUAUUCAGGGAGUACAUUGACUUGUUUUUGAAGUUGAAAACUGAAGCGUCUGGCUAUCCUUCAAACUGUCACACAAACGAGGAGAAAGACUUUAUGUUAAAGAAUUCCUUGUUAAA